CGGGUGAAACUUCCACUGAAGGCUGCGUGCACAUCCACUGUCUUGUGUUUCACAAGAAGCAGACACCUGUAUUCCAGUUAAAUCUGAUGCCGCUGGCCUGACUGCAGCCUGCGGUGGAUUACGGACUCACAUUUUAUCCCUGAAGGAGCUUCAGCCGGUUUCCUGCUCGCAUCCCGAGUGGCCCAAACAAAGUGUGCAGUCCGCCGCCGUCGUCUGCUCGUCGUUCAGAAGCUGUGCCGUCUGGAGGAGACAGGCGUUGGAAUGAACAGGUCCAGGUCCAGCUGUGACAGAAAAGCCGUCCAGCCUCCAGUCACCAGGUUAACUCGCAGCUCCCAGGUCAGACACAGCAGCCCUGCAGAGCCUCACGACUCCGCACCGGGACCGUAUGGGAAACAACGGAGGAAGCAGACGGACUCCGCUCUGGCCCAGAACCUCAGCCAGAUGAGCGUGAGCGGACAGGAGAUCUUAAAUACCAGUAAAGGAAGGAUGUCCAAAGCCAGCAGGGAUUCUGUGCAGGCCGGUCGGUCCUCCGGCUCCACAUUUGAUCCAUCUUCAGCUCCUGUCAAGCCUUCGUCCCGCGGUGGACUCGCCUCUGUGGCUCGGCUGGUGAAGCUGGGCCGCUGUAGGAACGUGGUGGUGGUGGCCGGAGCAGGGAUCAGCACCCCAGCGGGCAUCCCAGACUUCAGGACUCCAGGAACGGGUCUUUAUGCUAACCUGGAGAAGUACAACAUCCCGUAUCCAGAGGCCAUUUUCAACAUCGACUACUUCUCCAACGACCCACAGCCGUUCUUCUCCUUGGCCAAAGCUCUGUAUCGCAGCCACCGUCCAAACUACAUCCACUACUUCAUCCGCAUGCUUCACCACAAAGGCCUGCUGCUGCGAAUGUACCAGAACAUCGACGGACUGGAGAAAGUGUGUGGCAUCCCGGAUGACAAACUCGUGGAAGCUCACGGUAGUUUUGCCACAGCUUCCUGUCACCUUUGCUACACUUCAUACCCGGCUGAGGAGGCUAAGUUCGCCAUCAUGAACGACAACGUCCCCAUCUGCACAUUCUGUGCUGCCACAGUCAAACCUGAUGUGGUUUUUGGAGAGGACCUCCCUCAGAAGUAUUUCCUCCACACUGAAGACUUCCCGAAAGCAGACCUGCUGAUCAUUAUGGGCACGUCUUUACAGGUAAGCGAAGGCGUUUUUAAGGCAAUGUAAAUGAACUGGAUGUAAUCUGGAGCUCAGUGGAAUCCAAACGGAAGCUUGUGGUUUCAGAUCGAGCCUUUCGCCAGCCUGGUGAACACGGUUCGCUCCACUGUUCCUCGUCUCCUCCUGAACCGACAUGCUGUGGGUCCCUUUGAGAAGGUCCCCUACGGAGAGGAGACCACAUGGAGCUGGGCGAC